AUGUUGUUACUAGCUUUGUCAGCUGGAACCAAAACAUAUUCCUCAUAUAACCUAUCUAAUUCAUAUUUUGAUCAAGGUUUAUUUCAAAAUCAAAACUCCAGUACUAGUAAUUUUACUGAGAAACAACUUUUUAUUCUCAAGCAACCAACGCACAUGAUUGCUAUAUACUCCAUUGCUUACAGUAUCGUGUUUCUGUGUGCUCUUUUUGGAAACCUUAUGGUGGUAACUGUUGUGGUCAGAAACAGGGCUAUGCGGACCGUGACCAACUGCUUCAUCGUUAACUUGGCAGUGGCGGACAUUCUAGUGGCAGUGUUUAAUCUGCCUAUUACGUUAUUAUCCAAUCUUUACUUAGGUUGGCCAUUCGGGCCAGUUCUGUGCAAAGUGACGCCAUACCUUCAAGGAGUGUCCGUCUGCGCAUCUGUAAAUACCAUGGUUGUCAUUGCAGUAGACAGAUAUUUUGCAAUAUGCUCACCAUUAAAAUACAAAUUGGAUUCUCCAACAUUACGGAAAAUUAUCGUUGGGAUAUGGAUAACGUCGUGUGCAAUCAUCGUUCCAUGGGCUGUGUUUUACAUCCAGCAGGAAUAUCAAUACACAGAAAGAAUCAUACUGAAUAUAUGCUAUGAAAAAUGGCCAAGCGAGAUGGCUAAGAAUGUUUACUUCCUGUGUGUAGUUUUCGUGUGCUGUUAUACGUUACCUCUGAUUUUAAUAUGUAUAUGCUACUUGGGGAUUUGCAUCAAGGUGUGGAAUAGAGAACAACCUGGAACUAGAAAUGCGGGAAACAAAGUUAUUCAAAGGUCAAAGGUAAAAGUUGCGAAAAUGUUGGCAGUGGUCGUUUUCUUGUUUGCCUUCUCAUGGUUACCUUUAUACACGGCUAAAAUGUUUAUAUCUUUUCACGACACCAAUGACAACUUUCUGCACGAUACGGUAAUUCCCUUUGCGCAAUGGCUGGGAUCAUCUAAUUCCGGAAUGAAUCCAAUCAUUUACUGCUUCUUCAGCAGGAAAUUUAGAAAUGGUUUUCGGAAACUCAUGUGUCCCAGAAUACGUGGAUCAAGUACUGAUCGGCAUUUCAACCGAACCAAUAUGCAUGUUCCAAAAGGAGAUGUGACAUUGGAAUCUUCGUUUAACGUGCGUUCAUACGCAUUUGUAUAAAGAUCAUUUUUGUAUGAAAAAUUUGAUCUAUUAAAUAUGAUGAACCAAAACACCAUUAAAUCUUGAAUAAAUGGAAAUGGUGCACCGUUUCUUCCGUCGUGUAUCGCUACAGACAUCCUUGAUCUGUCAUAUUCAACCAUUGUAAUCAAUCUUGAUCAACCAGAUAUGAUUUCAGUUAAUCUUGA